AUGCCCCCAACACCAGCGCAGACCCGGGCCGUCACGGCAAGCCAACGCGUGCACGAUCUGCUCGUCAAACUGCACGCCGAAUCGGCGGCGCAGGAGAAAUCCGUCUCUCAGACCCUCUUCUAUCUGUCCCGUUUGAUCAAAUAUUAUGUCUCUGGUACCCUAUGGAACAAGUCGGCCGAUGACCAUAUGCGAGACAAGUUUGUCAGUCUCGAGGAGGACAAGUGCCAGUUCAUGUAUCUCCUCGCCCGAAGUAUCGGCGCCAAGAACAUUGUCGAGGCCGGCACCAGUUUCGGCGUAUCCACCAUCUAUCUCGGCCUUGCCGUGGGGCAGAACGUCGCCGAUGCCAAAGCCGCCGGCCAGUCCGUCACGGGAAAGGUCAUUGCGACAGAGAAGGAACCAACCAAGGCCGAGAGGGCUCGAAAGCACUGGGCACAGGCUGGUGAGGAAGUCGAGCCAUGGAUUGAACUGAGAGUCGGCGAUUUGCUUGAAACUCUCAAGGUUGAGGAAGGGAUGCCCGACCAGAUUGACCUGCUCCUCCUCGAUAUCUGGACCCCACUGGCCCUCCCUACCCUCGAGAUUAUCCGCCCACGCCUGAAGCGAGGUGCCAUUGUCCUCGCGGACAAUACUGUCAUGGCCAAGGCCCUCUAUAAAGACUUCCUUGGGUACAUCCACGACCCGAAGAACGGUUUCAAGACGACGCGCAUUGGUGCCGAGUUUUAG